UCCGACCAAAAAGUCUUAUCAGCACAAGUUAGUAUUUAGCUUGGAGAUAACAUUCUACACCAAAAGAUAAUUGUUUAUAUUUUUGCGCGGUGACAAAGCCCCCCCCAAAGCAAAUUUUUACUCCCGCAGUUUACUCUAAUCCACAUUCGAGAACAGUUAAAAAUUCGAAUUAGUUUUAAAUUUAACAAAUUACGAUGAUUGUGUUAACUUUUUUUGUUGUUGCUUUUAUUUACUGUCUUGCGAUUCUAUACCGGAGAAAGCAAUUUGUUGAUUUGAUGUUAGAUAAAUUUCGAGGUCCGUCGACUGACCUAUUUCUAGGGCAUGUGGCCCAGAUUCCGCCUAAUCCGCCCGGAAUCUUUAAAACUUUCUUCAGCAAUGAAGACGGAUGGUUCAGGAAGUACGGCAAGAACAUUGCGUUCAUCCGACCACUCUAUGAUGUCCAAUUAUUUGUAUCUAAUCCGGCGGAUGUCGAGAAAAUCUUAGCCAAUCCAAAUUCAAAAACAGCACGGAAAGCGGAUACGUACUUGGAUUUGGAAGCUUGGUUGGGAACUGGACUACUUCUAUCAUGGGGAGAAAAAUGGUUUCAGCGGCGGAAAAUUAUUACGCCCUCAUUCCAUUUCAAUAUUUUGGAGCAAUUCACAGAAGUGAUGAGUAAACAAUCGGAUAUUUUGGUCCAAAAAUUAAAACCGAAAGUUGGUGCUGGGGAUAUCGAUAUUUACCUCUACACGACUCUCUUUGCACUUGAUGUGAUAUGUGAAACAUCAAUGGGUAUUGGGAUUAACGCACAGUCGAGUCCUGAUUCCGAAUAUGUGAAGGCUGUUAAAGAAAUGACACUCAUUCUCCAAAGACGUUUCUUCAGUUUAGUCAGUCGUUGGCAAUUCCUGUAUGAAUUCACCCCAGACGGAAAACGUGAGAAGGAAUUACUUAAAAUCCUUCAUGGAUUCACAGACAGCGUUAUACUGAAGCGACGAGAUCAACUACUUCAGAAGGAAGCGACUGAUAAGGCAACCAAAUUGAAUUUCCUAGACAUGCUCCUCAACUCAACAGUGAAUGGAAGGCCUCUAUCCAAUUCCGACAUUCGGGAGGAAGUAGAUACCUUCAUGUUUGAGGGACAUGAUACAACAACAUCCGGAAUAGCUUUUGCGCUAUAUCAACUAUCACAACACAAGGACAUCCAAGACCGUUUGUACGAAGAACUGGUAGACAUAUUUGGAGACGCAGACCAUAUGGAAAUUACUUACAAAAAACUUGCAGAUUUAAAUUAUUUGGACAUGAUAGUUAAGGAAGCAUUACGGAUACGCCCUUCAGUUCCAAUUAUUGGACGAAAACUAACAGAAGACACUAUUAUCGAUGGAGUCAACGUACCCAAAGGAACAAACAUCAUUAUUCCCAUAUUUGCAAUACACAACAAUCCUGAGCAUUUCCCCAAUCCUCAGAAAUUUGACCCAGACCGUUUUGAUCCUUCACAAACAGAGAAAAGGCAUCCUUUCGCCUAUGUGCCCUUUAGCGCCGGGGCUCGAAAUUGUAUUGGACAAAAGUUUGCACUGAUUGAAUUGAAGCUAGUCAUAGCCAAGUUAAUUAUGCAUUAUGAACUCUUACCCGCAGCGCAUCAAAAAUCGCCAAUUCUUCAGGGUGACGUGGUUUUAAAGUCAUCAGAUGGUAUUUGCCUUAGAUUAGCCGAACGUAAAAGAAGCAAAUAAAAAAUUCUACACAUAU